AUGUCUUUAUCCAAAUGUUAUACCACUACACCAGAAACAACAAACACUGCUCGACUGGCGAGGCUUAUACUGGGUCCGUGUACUGAUGUGUUACGUGACAUUCUAAAGACAGAAGUGAAGUCAUGUGAUUUGUCGAGAAAAGUUAAAGAAUUCACAGAUAAUCUUCAACGUGGAAAAAGAAGCCCCCUUAACAAAACACAAUCAGAGAUAAUUUUUCCAAAACCAACUAAACAAUACAGUGGUAAUUACUUAGACUUGGACGUAUGUUUAUUAUAUUUACUUCUACGCAAUGUAAGUAAAAUAGCACCACAUUCCAAAGGUUGGGGAGAGAUUCCUAAUCCUGGAGAUAGAAGCGUGGCAGCCAACAUUGAAAGGAUUCGCCUCAUUAGGAACCAGUAUUACGGACAUUCAGCUGAUCUGUCGCUAUCAGAUUCAGAAUUUAGACAGGAAUGGCGAAACAUCUGGGACAUUGUAGUGGAGCUAGAGCGUCAUCUAGGAACAUCGACAGUGUACCAAGAUGCCGUCAACAAGAUAAAAACCUGUUCCAUGGACCCAGAGCAAGAGAAAAAAUACAUCGAUUUACUUGGAGAUAUCAGACAACUUCAUACAACUGUUGAUGAUCUAUCGAAUAAAAUUGAGACUAUUCAAAGAGAAGCAGUGCUCCAUAGUGAUCCCAGAGUUGCAAAAAUGAUCGAAACAACCAAGCUAAUGGUAUCAAAGCAUGAUGAAGCUAUGGUCCAUCUAUUUGUGAAAACCCGUGCGUUUGACAGAGCGAAGGAACUGUUGGACAAUAACGGAUAUGUCGUCAUCAAGGGUAACCCUGGGACUGGUAAAACAACAAUCGCCAAGAUGUUAAUGAAAGAAUUGAUGAAUGAGGGAAAAUCUCCUCUGCAGCUUUACAAGUUAACAGAUUUGUAUGGUAACAUAUCACGGGGUGAUGGUAUUGUGGUAUUUAUUGACAAUUUAUUUGGUGAGUUUUCUUUGUCCAUCGAUGACGUUCAAGAAUGGAAAGCUAGAUCAGAUAUGAUGAAGGUCUUAAUUGAGAGUGACAUUGAUAAUAAAUCUAACAGAUUGAUAUUUGCUUUAAGAAAUGAUAUAUAUCAGGAAUGCAUACAAAACGAGUGUGAUGACGAUUUCUUUAUGUCGUCCUUGGUUGACCUAUCAGGCAAAGAAAAUGCACUGCUCAAGGAAGAGAUCCUGCAGCUAUCAGAAAAAUAUGGGAUCUCUGAGUACAUAGAAGACAAAGAACUUAUUCAUACGGUAUAUGAAAUGCCACUAGCUAUAGGCUUUCCACAAUGUUGUAAAUUAGCAAAAGGCAAUGAAGACUUUAAACGAAACGUAAUUGCAUUUUUACCAAAUGCAAUGACGUUUAUGAGAGACUACUUCAAAACAUUAUUGAAAAAACGAACUGUAAAAUCUGCUGUUUUAGUGUAUCUUCUUUUGAAUGGAGGAAAAGUAGAAGUCGAAUUGAUUGAAAAACCUCGACUGAAUUUAGAGAUGAAGCGUUACUCUUUAGAAUUUGUAGGUCUACAAAACUCGUGUGGAUUGUGA